AUGAGCUCCUCCGAGGUGGACAGCAAAUAUGCUUGGGUGAUAGUGCUGGCAGUGUUUUGGAACAAUGCUCACCAUUGGGGAAUCCUAUCUAGCUACGGUGUCUUCCUUGCCUACUUUACCUCCCAUUCCACAUUCUCCGGGAGUCGAGCUCUUGAUUAUGCCUUUAUCGGAAGUCUCUCCGCCUCGCAGGCACUGUUUAUCUCCCCAAUAGUCAGUAUCCUGCACUGCCGCAUUGGCUUGAAAGCAACAAUGGCAUUGGGGGUCCUGCUCGAAACCGCUGCAUUUUUGGGAGCCUCCUGGAGCCAUGAAAUCUGGCAACUCUACCUUAGUCAAGGCGUCUGCUUCGGCUGGGGUCUCGGAUUGCAGUACCUUUCGACAACCUACCUCAUACCCCAAUGGUUCAGCCGUCAUCGCAGUCUCGCAGCCGGCAUUGCAACCGGCGGCAGUGGAACAGGAGGCUUGAUCUACUCUCUUUCGACGCAUGCCCUGCUUGCGCGGUUCGGCCUCGGCUGGUCCUACCGUAUCCUUGCCAUUUGCCAGCUCGUCGUCAACGCAACCUGUUUGCUUGUCAUACGCGAUAGGAAAAUAGUAGCAGCACCCACCCGAUCUUUUCAUACUAUCCUCCGUCUCUGCACCCGGUACGAGAUGUGGUUGUACCUCGGCUGGAGCUUUUUCAGUGUAAUGGGGUUCAUGGUCAUCUGGUUCUCGCUGGCCACGUAUGGUCGCAGCGUUGGGUUGACAUUGAGCCAAGGCUCGAUUGUCACGGCGGUCAUGAAUGUUGGCCAGAUGGUGGGGCGUCCGGCCGUGGGGUUUAUGUCAGAUGCCGUCGGUCGUAUCAACAUCGCUGCUUUCGCAACCUUCGUCAGUGGUUUGCUUUGUUUGUUGUUAUGGACUUUUGCCCGCACUUACGCUGCUCUGAUCUGCUUCGCCUUGUUUGCAGGCGUCUUCUUUGGUACUUUCUGGACGGUGGUCGGUCCACUUGGAGCAGAGGUCUUCGCGUUGGAGGAUCUGCAGUCGGGCUUGACAAUUAUAUGGCUGAUCUGUUCGGUCCCUGCUACGUUUGGAGAAGCCAUCGGCCUCGAGCUGCGAACCUCGGGAAGGCAUGGAUUUUUACACACGCAACUAUUCACGGGAUUCAUGUACAUCAGCGCCGCGCUAUGCUUAGUCCUGCUCCGAGGGUGGAAGAUUGGCGAACUCCGGAAACAGCAGCAGCAGCAGCAGGAAGGCAUUACAAUGGCACGUGCCGCAAGUAAGAAGUAUCUGAACUUUGUCGCCGCGACGCCCAAGGUGUAA